AUGUCUGACGACGCCUACUCCUCAUUCUUAGACCAGGCAAACCAAGACACAAACGGCGGCAAAGUGUCAACUCAAAGCAAGAAGGUUUCUACAAAAGCAGUAGACACGAACGUGCCAGCUGCUUUGAAGAAUGUUGACGCUGUCUAUACAUCAGACUCUGACGAAGCAUUCGAGCCGGUCAGUCUGAAGUGGGAAGGGAAGGAACUUCCGGGUGAACGCGAGUUUGGGGAGCUCAUUGAGCACAACGGGGAAGUGGAAAAGACUGCCACGAAACAAUUCGACCCGCGCGGUCAGUAUGGCGAAGUGCUCGAGGCCGUUGAGCAAGCGAGUGAGAGCGAUGUCGUCGUCUUCAGAGUACAGCAUCAAGGCACACGGGCCGAAUACUAUCUUGUUGGAUUGGCAAAAGGGAAGAUCGUGGGGUUCAAGGUAUUAGCAAUAGAGAGCUAA